AUAUCGUAUGUCCACCCCCUCCCCGAUUUUUCUUCUUUCUCGCUACGUCCUAAUCGUACAUCUUAUGAUGUCGUGUCGUCGUGGAAUUCACACUGGGAUUUCACGUAUAUUUUCAUUUUCUUCGUCUUGCUGCUGCUUAUUCUGUUGCUUUUCAUUAUUCUAAUCGUUGCUUGUGCUCUGAUCUGCUACCGUCGUCGUCGUCGUCGCGGUCUUAAACAAAAUACUUAGGAUUACAUUCUUCUUAUCCACGACUGCAUCCCAACGAAUUGCCCUCUAGUAAUAAUUACUCUCAAACUAUAUGAUAUGUUUAUAUUUAAAUCGGGAAGAUAAGAAUACCGUACCUUUCUUUUUAACAUUAACCGAAUGUUACAAAUGUAAAUGACAGUUUGAAAAAAUAACCAUAAUAAUAUAAUCUGUGUUUCUCUGCUGAAUUUUACCUAAUCACACAAAUAAACUAUUCUGUAU